GUUGCACUUUUACGGGAGAUCUUCAUGAGCUGCAGAAAUAAAGGGUGAUUCAGCUACAGACACAGAAAGGAGAAAAUAAACAUUGUUCUAGUGCAAGCUGUGUGCAGUGGCAUCCACAGAGACUUUGGAAGAUGAACUCUUCCUUGGCUGAUGUGACCCUUUAUUAUUCAUUCCUGUUUAUACCAAGCUUCAGUAAUUUUUUGUUAAGAUAAUACCUAUUAUGGUGGGACCCAGAGUUCUCCUGGGGUCCUGAAGUACUACUGCAAUAGAAUUAAUAGUGAUGGAUAUUCCUCUUUAAAGGAGCAGAGAAAUAAGGUUCAGUUGUUAAUAUGAUAACUUGAUAGUUCACUUGAAAAGAACAGUUCUUCACUUUUGGGUCAGCUUUGCUUAUCUUUACAAUGUAUUUGUUUUCAUUGUCACAGCUCUUUUCUGUUGCCAUAAAUUUUGUGUGCUAGAGUCUCUGCCUCUGGGCACAGACUUUACUGAGUGUUCAGGAUCUGGUUAUUCCUCACUUUGUUUUGAACAAUUCAGUUUGCUCUAGGUGAAGCUGCCAGGGGUGAAGCACUUUACUGCCCACUGCCUAGGAUAGCUGGGAACUGACAUUUCUUACAUAUCCUUGUAGUGUUUUCCAGCUGUUCUUCAUUGUGCCUUAAUAUGUUAAGUGCCAUUGUGGUUGUUAUGGAGUCUGCCAGGAGUGUGGCGUGGUGAAUCACACAGAGUGGAAAUCUGUGGUGAGAGUGUGCACCUUAAUUCAUAAAUGUGACAAAGAAGACUUGCAGGUACUAAGUCAAACUGACUCCUUUUUUUAAAAAGAAGCACUUGUCCAUGAGAAAAUUAUAUUUUACGUGUAGGUUUUUUGCUGUCAAAGGGUGAAGAUUUUAUUGUUUAUGAGACUUAGGAGUGCCUGUAGCUGCCGAGAGCCAAUAGCAAGUAUGACCUACUUGGAAAAAAACACAACUGGCUGCUGAUCAGCUUUUAAGUAUUUUUCUAGUGGUUCAUUUAUAGUACCGUGGAAUUAAAAUAAUGCUUAGAAAACAAAUAAGGGUUCUUUAAAGCUUGGUGGAAUUGUAUUAACUAGUUAAUCCUGGUGAAUGGACAGUGAAGAACAUUAUCCCAAGCUGGAAAUAAGGAUAUAGGAAGUGAAUAUAGGAAGUGACUCUUGGACCACUGUUGAUGUGUGUCACUAUCACAGUCAAGAUCACAGCCCAGAGUUUUGGCUUGCACUUCUGAAACUCAUUGUGGAUUUUUUUAUUAAGCUGGAUUGGGUCUGAUCCUCUUAAGGAUCUGUGAUUAGAGAGUCCCUGCCAUAACUUCAAAGUCUGGGCAUACUCUUCAUUUGAUGGGUGUUAUGGAAAAAUGCUUGUAAAUAAAUGUUCCUUGUCUUGUUUGUUAGAUUUAAUUGAUAUGUGAAAUUGAGGUUCGUAGGAACUGACAUUUCAGGAGUAUUUCCAAAGGGCAGCAAGAAAAUGUCGCUUGUGUGGAUCCUCCCAGGCAGCAUGUGGAGAGCCAGCCUUGUUUUUUGCUUGUCCUUUAGGAGAACGCUCUUCAGCCUGCAUGGUCAGAGAUGCAUUUCAUUUGGGCAGCACCUUUGUAGGGCUUCCACCAGCCAGGCUUGGCUUGGCAAAGGACAAAAGCCAGUCUUGCGUACAAGCACAGCACUGCUGUCAGCUCCUGCUCUGUGGGCUGUGCCCCACAGUCCUGCAACCUUAUAAUUUUUACAGUUUCUCUUCCAAAAAAAAGUGAGGUUUUUGCUGCCUAGGAAGGGGAUGUUUCUUGGAUGGGAUCACUGGAGUAGACAUCCCUGCAGAAUGUUCCUCAUAUGGGUCAAGAAGAAAAAGAGGUUUCCAUCUGUAUAUAGUUUUUAGUUACAGUUCUUAGAGUUUUUGUUACCAGCAGAAAUUUGUCAGGCCCACAGAGACAUGGGCACUUGAGAGCUGCAGUGAUGAAGAAUAUCUGAGUAAGACACCUCCCUAUGACACAGCCCUCAGAGGAAAUGCCUUGGUGGUCUUGAGAGAGAGGUAGGUGGGCUGGUUUUGCACUCUCUGGCCCAUUAACCAUUCGUGUUUGCCUGACAGGUUAAAUUCGUGUGCUCCCAUGAGCUAUGUUAAACACACAGUGGUUCCUACCCAGCAGGUAUUUUACAUGUUGAGAUUUGAUUUACCAAAAUAACAGUAUUAAAGAGUGCCAUGGUUUUUGGUGUUUGUUUUGUUCUGUUUACAAGUAUUAUUUAGGAAAACUGCAGGUUCUGGACAUGUUUUCACUUUAUUUUCCAUUGCUUAUAACAAAUUAUCAGAUUUUUUAAAGGUGCAAAAUAUGUUCUAAAUUGUUGUUUGUCACCAAAUGUCAUGACUUUUAGUUAAAAUAAAUUACAAAUUCCAUAUAGAAGCCAGGAAGAAAAGUGAAUUGUAUAUGCAGAAAAAAUAGUAACAGAGUUCAGGUUGAUGUUUUUCUAAAUAUUAUGGAGUUUUAUUUCUGUGUUUGAGAACGCCUCAUGUAACAAGAUUUGGGUUGACUUGAUGAGAAAUUUCCAGAAGUCAGCCUGGGAAUUGAUUUAGAAAUAAAGAGGAUAUAGUUGUACAAAGAAGGGCUGGAGUUUUGCAGGCAAAUGCUGCUGGUUCUGUUCCACCUUUUCCUCUGUUGACCAGUUUGUGCAAUGGAGAAGUUGCGUGAAUAAAUGUGUAAUUUGGACAUAAUAGCCUUCUCUGUAACAGCCUUCUCUGUGUUUCGAAGGGGAAGCAAAAAUAAUACAAUGGUCAUUUUUAUUCAGUCGUGGCAACUGAAUGUUAACCAUCAGGAAAAUCAUGAUGACUUUUGUUGUGGGACCUUGUCUGUUGUUUCUUUAAAAAGUGUGCUGGGACACUUUGGGGAAUGCUUCUCCAGAGUCAUCAAACAGAAAACACAACUGCCUCCUGGAGCCUCUGUGUUGCUUACCAUGAGAGGCUUUCCUGCAUCACUUCCUGUAAAAACUUUUUGUGUUUCUAGAUGGAGGUUCACAGGAUUUCCUUUGGAGCUCCUCCAAUAUCAAGAGCUCUUUCCAUUGGGUUUAUGAAGACCUUAGUUUGCUCACAUCCAGAACGUGACUGCAGCCACUUGCUCACUCCACCACAUGCAGGAUGGGGGAGAGAAUCACCAGGGUAAUAGUGACAAAACUUGUGGGUUGAGAUGAAGACAAUUCAGUAGGUAAAGCAAAAGCUUUGUGCUCAGCAAAGCAAAACAAGGAACUCAGCCACCCCUUCCCACAGGCAGGUAGUUGUUCAGCCAUCUCCAGGAGAGCAGGGCUCCAUCACACAUAACAGUGACUUGAGAAGACAAAUGCGAUCACUCCAAAGGUCCCCCCUUCUUUUUUCACCCUGCUUUACAUACUCAGGAUGGUGCCAGAUGGUCUGGACUAUCCCUUGGGGUCAGUUGGGAUCAGCUGUGCCAGCUGUGUCUCUUCCCAGCUCAUUGUGUACCUCCAGCCCCCUCACUGGUGAGGAGGUACAAGAAGCAGAAAAUGCCUUGGCUCUGUGCAAGCCCUGCUCAGCAAUAACCAAACCGUCUCUAUCCUAUCAACACCUUUUCCAGCACAAACCCAAAACCUACUAACCACUGUGAAGAAAACUAACUCUACCAAACUCAGGGUGGUGCUGAACAGAAAGAGAAUUGCUUAACGAGGUUGGUGACUCAUUACACCUCACUUGAAUACAGCACAGAGAGGACGCAUCAUGGCCACUAAUCUCAGGAAUGGCUCCUUGGUGCAGCCUGGAAGGGAGCAGAGGGUGGAGUUCAGCCUUUUAGUCAUCCUAAGGCUUGCCUACUGCUUCCAAGUUUGCCGUCUUCUUUCCACCCAGAGUGUGAUGGGAGUAUAUCUCUCUAAAACUCGUAACAAAAAGCAAUGAAGAAUAAGCAACUUUUUUUUCUUUAUUAGAAAUUUAUUUCUAUCCUGUUUUCACUGUCUUUACACCAAUGAUUGAAAGCAGUAUUUGGUCUUUGACUUUACCGGAGGUAAGUUGAUUUGUGUUUGUGUGUAUUAGCAUUGUUUGUCUUCUUUGGAAAUGCAGUAUCCUCCUUUUAAAAGCUAACCUGAGUUCAACAGCCACCUUUUGUAACCAGGAGGAGGAAUUUGGGAAAGAGGGAUCUAUUAUUUUACUGCCUGUAGAAACUGAGCAAUACUGAGCAGAAGGAAAUGGUUGUCAUAGUAAAUUUAGUGUUGUGGAGAGGAGGCAGGAAGCUGUCUGUUUAUACCAGGGACAACUAGCAGGUCUGACUAGUUGCCUGAUGCCAGUUACAAAAUGCUGCCUCUGAUGUGAGUCCUGCUGUAACAGACCAGCUCUGUCUGUAGAACUUUGUCACUGUGAGCAUAUUUCAUAAAGCUCUAAAUAUUUCACAGCCUAUGGAAAUAGUUUGCUACACAUGAAGAGUGCUGUUUGCUCUUUCUGUCUUUACUGUGUCCUGUUAGUCUUUAUUUAGACUUAGGCAGACUUAAGAGUUUCCUUCUGAGAAGGGAGGCAGUUUUACACUGUUAGAUCUGGGGGGAGGAGCUGAAAAAGACAAACCAGCUAAUCGGGCGUAGUGCCCUGGGUGGAGGAAGAGUAAAGUUGGCCCUGUGAGAACCUCUCAGCUAGACAUUCAGAGUUUGGUGAAUGAGCUAAAAACAUCUUUUAGCUACUGACUGGAUGCCCAAGAGGGAAAACCGCAGGCUCCAAGAAGCAAGCAUGAGGCUGGAGCAGGAGAAUGAUGACCUUGCCCAUGAGCUUGUAACAAGCAAAAUUGCCUUACGGAAUGAUCUGGACCAGGCUGAAGACAAAGCAGAUGUUUUGAACAAGGAACUUCUCCUGACCAAACAGAAGCUAGUGGAGACUGAGGAAGAGAAAAGGAAGCAGGAAGAGGAAACUGCUCAGCUGAAGGAAGUCUUCAGGAAACAGUUGGAGAAGGCAGAAUCUGAGAUCAAGAAAACCACAGCCAUCAUUGCAGAGUAUAAACAGAUUUGUUCCCAGCUGAGUACCAGGCUGGAAAAACAACAAGCGGCCAGUAAAGAUGAACUGGAAGUUGUGAAGGGUAAAGUGAUGGCCUGCAAACACUGCAGUGAGAUUUUCAGCAAGGAGGGGGCACUGAAGGUGCCUGCUGUAAGCACGGACAACAAGGGCGUUGAAACAGAUGAUGAGAAGGAUGCACUGAAGAAGCAGCUGAGAGAAAUGGAGCUGGAGCUUGCACAGACCAAACUGCAGCUUGUGGAAGCCAAGUGCAAAAUUCAGGAGCUGGAGCACCAGAGAGGAGCCCUUAUGAAUGAAAUCCAAGCUGCCAAAAACUCUUGGUUUAGCAAAACCCUGAACUCUAUCAAAACAGCCACAGGCACACAGGCACCCCAACCACCCCUGCCUCCCAGAGAGGGCAGCACAUAGUUCCAACUGCAGCUGGCACAAGAGCACAAAGAACAACACAGCUGAAACCUUGGAAGAUUCUUCCAGUGGUCUCUCCUCCUGGGAAAAGGACAAUGAGGCAGGAGUGCAGGCUUGAAGUGAAAAUUCUUCAGUGUUUUUCAUUCAUUUUCUGAUGUGACCCUUUUCAUAGCGGAGAAAAAAGUCCUGGUUUAUGUUGAAUUCCUACUUCCCAUACUGCCUUGCUGAAAGCCACGUUCUGAUACCUUCAUACUUUUACACUUUCUUUUAUAUGACUAGAUGUUAAAUAAAUAUUUCAAAACUAGGUCUUUAAUACACAUCUAAUUUGAAAUUAUUUUUGUCUUGCAUAGAAGGUUUUUCAUCUUCUGGAGGAAGAGAGAGAAUGGAAAAUAUACAGUACUGCAGCAUAAUCUAGGUGUAUAAUAAAUACACCCAGAAAGCACAGUGUAAAACAUUGAGGAUAACUUAGGCCCUGGGACCAUCUCAGAAGUUUAUCACAGCAACUGCAUCCUGCAGAGAAGCACGUUUUGUAAAGCUUAGGCCAUAGCAAAGAUAGGCUUGUGCUCUCCUGGCACAAUUGCUAUGAGCUUCCCUUACAACUUCUUAGUUUGGAUUGGUUUUUCUUCAGAAAUGCAAGUAGUGCGGGUUUUGUAACACGGUCGUUUAAAGGCUAUUUACAGCUCAACUGGAAUUUAACAUAAACUCCCCUAGUUCCCUUUUUAAAAUUCAUGUUUAUAUUAGGAAUUUCAAGGAACAAUUCCUUCCACUGGGAUAAAGAGAGAACCGUUUUGAUGCUUACUUGAUGUUUUUGUUGAGAAGCAGAUUGGAGACCUUGCAUGAUUUUGACCUUUUGUAAAUUCUGUGCAAUAAAGGGUGGAUUUCAUGAAUAAAAGUAAUGAAAACCUUCCCUGAGUCUAUACUCAGAUUCCAAAUUUGACACAGAAAUGAGGUAUCAAUUAAAACACUCAAGAGGCUUGUGCUGCACUGAUGAAUAAAAUACCACAGAAACAAGAUGUGUUUGCUAGAAGUGUUUGGUUAGGAAACACUUUGUUGGUAUUACUUAUUUUUAUGAAAACAAGCAUUUUCAAGUAGAAUACAAGCCCUAGACUUUCCUGUGGGGGUAGACUUCUCUGGUGAUUCCCAAACCAGUCUGGUUGUUUUAAAUCUCUGAAGGUAAGAAAGUUCAAAAACACUUGUUUUGACUAAACACAUAAAGUGUUCAUAGAAAUACUUAUUUCAUGGAAAAUUAAACUGUUGCUUGAACUGAUGGAAUAUUUUUUUUAAUUAUAUGUGUCAUGUCAGAAGAUGGUCUUGCAGGUAAAUGUCAUUGCUGGACUAAAUGUUGUGUAUUAAUUGUUUCAUUUACAAAAUUUUUGCAGGGACACUAGUUCUGUUUUGAUUUUUUUUAAUUCUAAGGAAUGUCAUAUAUUGUCGGGUUUGUACAAUAAAAUUUAGUAAUACCCAUCUUGUGCUUUGUGGUUAAGCAUAAUUGUGAAUUAUUUUCUACAGGGUAGUACAAAUUUAAUGUUACCAAUGCCAAAGGAAAGAGUCUAAAAGGCAAUCAACUGAUAGAAGUUGAGAUCAAAAUAUAAUCACCAUCCUGACACAAUUCUGUCUUCUAAGAAUAAGGGGUUUAAAAACUUUACUAUUUUAAAAUGUACCUUCAAGAAUAGUUAUUAUCUGGAAUUAUUAAUACAGUGAGGACAAAAGGGGGGAAAACAGAAGGUAUUUCUUUUGCAAAUGUUAUCAAAGGUCUUUUUCCCUUGUCACUCAUAAUAUUUGCAUAAAUGUUUCCAUUCUCUUGACUGACUAAACCCAGUGUUAGUCAUUCACUUACCAGUUCUGCUUCACAUUCAGAAUGUGAGUCUGAAUUAAUAAUAAAUCUGAAGUGACAUUUAAGGAUACCUGGCGAACAUCUGAUGGUUGCAUUUGAGAGUACAGUGCCCAUGAGGAGAAACUGGUUGACAAGUGUCUGAAUUUCUCAUUUCAUUUCUCUUACAACAUACUUACAAGUGGAUUUAAAACCAUGAUUGGAAAAAUUCAGUAAGAAUGAUUAAAGAAAUGUGUUAGGCUGUGAUUCCCUGAGCAGAUGAGUUAAGAGCUCACUCCUGCUCACCCCCAUUGUACAGUCCUGUCCCUCGUCCUUAUGGUAUGUACUGGAGAUAAUUAAAAGCAACAACAAAAGAAGAUGUGGGUGGAUUUAUCCCCCUACAGUGCAUCUUUUGUCAAGUGAAUGGGUUAAAUCACCUCGAACAGUCCAAUGAGUGCAAGCAGAUCAUGGGAGUGGGACUUUCCAAGUUAUCAAGAAGGAACUGGAAAUAAGGUCACCAUAUUUCACAGAAUGAGCUUUGACACAACAUUAAUUUUCUCAGUGUAGCUGCUUUCUGACUUUGGAAGUUAAGUUUCAGGAACAAAACCACAUUUGCUACCUGCUAGCUGUGAUGAUUUGAAACCUUUGUAAGGAUGGAAGCUGGCUUACCUCACCCAAAGGAAGUUUCAGAAAGCAAUGACCCUAAAGGCAGUAAACAAUUUCCACCUUCCAGCUGUAGAUUCAAGGUAGCAUUUGUAGCAGUGGCAUUUGGAACAGUAAUAUUUAGCUGAAAGCGUAUCUUCUCAUCAUUAUUGAAAGAGUAAGAAAAGACCUUUAUGGCAUUGUCUUGAUGAAUAUUCAGAAUGAAGCAUAAGAGCAGGACUCCAUGAUUAGACCAGGCAAGCUAAAAUUCUGUCUACUGAUUAUAGAUGCUAUUGGGAAAUUUAGUUUCCUGCAAGAAAAGAAAUAUCUGUGUGACAGAACCACCUACACACAUAUUGUUGGUGAUUUGUCAGGGAUAGCUGGCUUACUAUUCAGCUUUUCAGCAGAAAACAUCAUCGAAGUUUCACUGAAACUGUCGUUUCCAUGUGGCACUGAACAGCUAAUGUAGCUUCUUAGUCUGGAGGGAUUGACCUUUUUUCCCUGAGUCUGCAGUAAACUAUGUGUUCAUUAUUAAACUUCUACUAAAAUUAAUUUUAAUUUUAUAAAUAUAUAUGUGGAACUAAAACCUAUUUUUAAAUUUUAUUAAGAAUGCACCAUUCUGAAAUAAAGUCUUUACUUUGAUUAGAAACAAACGUCCAAAGAAUAUUUUUACUACAACUUCUAUCUUGUAGGACUAUAAUAUCUUCCUAAGAUGCCCAAUAUGGGAGGUAAAAAAAAAAAAAAGUCCUUCUUUUCACUUUAAAAAGUUGCUUUUCCUUUGACUGUAACACUUUACAGGCUAAAUGAAGCAAGGGUUGGUUUUUUUUUAAAUUUAGUUACAUGGUACAUUUGUGAACUAGUCUUGUAUUAUCUUUGUGAGCCAAACUUAACAUCCUAAAGUAAUAGGACUUAUUCCACCUGGAGAGGAAUAAAAAGAAAUAAAAAGAAAAAAGAUAGACAACACCAUGGGUAGAGAAGCCAAGAAACUGCAAAAUCCCUGAGCUGCAUCUGCAUUAGGGUUUGGCAGAACCACUCCCAGGAAGGGUAGUCAGCCAUGUAAUCAGAACUGCUAGUGGACAAACCCACCCCUAUCCUGUCCAUUAAUGAGGAUUUUAUUUUACAGCUGAGUUACAUUGCUAGAACUAAGUUAAAAGUGCUUACACAGGUAAACAGUAUUUCUUUCUUUGUUAGACAUUUUCAAUUUAAAUUACUUUUCUUAGUUGGCCCUUGAAAUUUCUUACAAGAUGAAUGAUCAUCUCUGCCACUGUGUUAAGAACAACUUGAAAUAAAACCGGCCAUUUACAAGAUGAGAUGGAGAUAAAAAGUCAAGAACUGCAAGAGUUCAGCCCCUUCACAAAGCAUGAAGUAUCUCGUUGACUUCAGGGUCAUGAUGGCACUCAUUGACUGAACAUGGUAGUUUAGGAGUAAAUAAAAAUCUGCAUUUACUGGCACUGAAGUAUCAAAAUUUGGAAACCACAUGCCAAUCUUUUUCCAUAGGAUCAAGGCAGGGCUGCUGUUCCCUUCCUUCUAUUAAGUAGCUGCAGUGAAACCCAUGAAAUUACUUGUACUGUGUGGGAGAACUAUAAUCAGGUGAUUUUCAUUUACUCAGAGGAUUUUCAUUUACUGUUAGACUCAGGGUAAUUGGCAACUUCUGCAUCAUCUCCUAAGCCUAAACACCCUUGGCUCUGAAACCAGAAGCACUCUUAUCUUACAGUGCUGGUGUUCUUCAGCUGCUAGGGAGAAAACAGUAGUAUCAUGUCUGAUUGAUUGUGAAGGCAGAGAUGUUCCCCUCAGGUCUGAGGGAUUGCUGUGGCUGACAAGAACUCCCUGUCCCUGCUGGACCCUGCUGAAGGGGCUGUUGUGCAAAGAGCUGGCUGCACCAGAUGUGCAAACACAAAGCAUAAAACUAAAUUAUUUGUCUUUCUAUUGUGCUAAUAUCCUACUGGGAACUGUCCCAUUAGCUUCUUCCAGGUAAUAACACUAAGGGGAGAUAUGAUGAAACGCUCAAGUUUGGAUCUCUCAGGUUUAGGGGAGGUGUAGCCUUUAGAACUGAGCUAAUCCACAGUUGGCUUUUGGGAAAUGCAAGGAAAUUGCAGCUGGAUAAAUAAUGCUCAGCAUUGAUCAAGAAUUUAUCCUUCCCAGGUCAGAAGUCUACACAAUUUAUUUCAGAACUGUGACUUAACACAUACAGAUCUAUUCUCCAGGAAUACAGGGCUCUCAAUUUCUCCUGGGUCUCAAUGGCUUUGCUACUGAAUGUAUUUCAUGCUAUUUUUACCUGAAAAACAAAAAAUGGGUAGAGAAUUAGGAUAUUACUUUUUAUUAUUUUCUUAUUCAGUGGGACUUGCUUUUAUUUAACCUGUAAAGGAAUAUAUAUGUAUCUUUGGAAAACUAUAUCUUACAUAUAGAAUAAUAUAUAAGAAACUGAACAACAAGGGGAUAAAUACAUCAAAAGGAUUUGGUAUCAUAAAUUUCAUUUGUGAUUUGAUACCACCAGAAUCCUGGGCUGUACUGAUUUCCUUACAGUUUCUCUUAUUUUUGUAUUUUAUAUAAUACAUGGAUGGUACUACCAAUGCAAACCACAGCAGAUGUUCCCAGAUUUUUUCUUCAAACCUCAAUUCCUAUCUUUCAGUAAUCCCUGGAUUUGCAAUUCUGCUAUACCACCCUCAAAAGCUGUGCCAGGAGUUCUCUUGAGCCUUGGGAACUCUUUCUUACGCAUGGAAGAAGAUUCUCUGACUUCUUUGAACUGGGAAAAGAUGACAUAUGAAUGCAGAAAAGUUUCUAAUCAAGCAUAAUCCUUCUCCCUCUGUCUGUCUGCCAUGAUGGUGGAUUCACUACAGCACACUGGAAACAGAGCAGCUUCAAAUUUCUGACUCCCUGACAAUGAAGUUUUCCAUAUUUGGGGCUGCCAUUAUGAAUUGGGUGUGUCCCAAGUUCACAAAUCCUCAAGAGUUAGGAAAAAACAGCAUCAUAGAGAGGUCAGAAUUCCAGCUGAGAACCAUUCAGUACUACCACUACUUGGGUAACACAUCCAUGUAUUAUAUAAAGUAUGACAUGAAGAUAUAAGUGUAAUGCUUGUUAUUAAAAGUGCAAUUCAAUGUAUAUGGUCACAACAAAUGUUUACUUUUUUAAUUGUUAUAGAAUUGUUCAGAUCAGUACCUUGUUAUCAUUGUGUGAACAAUGCCUUGUAAAAUAAAUGGAAAUGGAAAACAA